CCACUCAAGUCCUAAUCAAAAAAACAAACACCACUCAAGUGGUUGUGAAUUGUCAUGUCAAACGUUGUCUCCAAGGGGUUGUCAAUUGUCAAGUCACAACAAUUUAUAGCUCUCUGUAGUGAACGAGAACUCUAUUUUUCUCGUAUGUGAAUGUCAUGACCUGAGGUCUGUUGUAAUUUGAUUCUUGAAAAUGAUGAACACAGACGAAGAAGCUAUCAAAUCUCUUUCGGAUUCUGCUACAACUUUUUUCCUGAAUUGUAUCGAUCUCUCUAGUCCUGAUAUUCAACACUCUGUUUCUCUACUCAAACAGGCUUGCUUGGAUUCUGGUUUCUUCUACGUUAUCAAUCAUGGAAUCAGUGAGGAAUUCAUGGAUGAGGCUUUUUCCCAAAGCAAAAGGUUCUUUGAUCUACCCAUAAAGGAAAAAAUGAAGCUUCUAAGGAACAAGAAGCAUCGAGGAUAUACCCCUGUUCUAGAUCAACAUUUGGAUCCUAUCAAUCAAGUUCAUGGAGAUUACAAGGAGGGAUAUUAUAUUGGUGUUGAAGUACCUGAUGAUGAUUCUGACACAGAGAAGCCAUUUUUCGGGCCAAAUGUUUGGCCUUCGACAAAUAUUUUGCCCGGAUGGAGGCAAACUAUGGAGAAAUACCAUCGAGAAGUACUUGAGGUGGCAAAAGCAAUUGCAAGACUCAUAGCCCUUGCACUUGACCUUGAGGGAAACUUUUUUGAUCAGCAAGAAAUUCUUGGCAAGCCCAUUGCCAUGUUGCGCCUGCUACAUUAUGAAGGUCUAAUAUCUGAUCCCACAAGGGGAUUAUAUGGAGCCGGUGCCCAUUCUGAUUUUGGUUUGAUUACUCUCUUGGCCACUGAUGAUGUUGCUGGUCUCCAAAUAUGCAAGCAUAAGGAUGCCAAACCUCAGAUCUGGGAACAUGUGGCACCAUUGAAAGGAGCAUUUAUUGUAAAUCUCGGUGAUAUGCUGGAGCGCUGGAGCAACUCUAUGUUUAGGUCGACAUUACAUCGAGUUUUGGGGAAUGGUCAAAGAUAUUCUAUUGCAUUCUUUGUGGAGCCUAAUCACGAUUGCCUUGUUGAAUGCUUGCCAACGUGCCAGUCAGUAGAGAACCCUCCCAAGUAUCCUCCAAUUAAAUAUGAAACGUACUUGCUGCAGCGAUACAAGGAGACUCAUGCUGAUCUGAACUCUUAUAAAUAAAACCAAACUUAACUGACAAUGGCAGGGGACUUUUACCUGCAAUGCUUGCCACUGAAUCUGUACUGUGGAGUUUGUUGCCUAUACUACCUAGGUGUGUAUAUAAGUGUACCAACGCAUUAAGUUUGAGCAUCAUUCUAGAAUAAGGUCUUACAUGCUUUGUGUGCCUAUCGAAUCUAAAGUCGCAAUUAGGUUGGAUUAGUUUCCACGUUGCGAUUAAAUUUGCUAGUCAGGGUUAGGGAAUUACCACCAGACUCUUUGUAUACUAAAUCUGUAAGUUUAUCAGGUGUUAAGGGAAAUAUUUACAUUUUAAAUUUUAUUAUUAUUACUAGCCAUUGUCAAUAGUGCCCGAUAACAUUUGAUGUGUUAUUCUUUGUUCCACCUGGAGAACAUCUUACGUCAUUAAUAGAUAUUCUAAUCACGUUCUCUUUGAAUUUAAAAACGUAAAUCUUAAUCUUCAAUUUGUAUAAUCACCCAUAACCAAACGCAUCCAUUAAACCCAAAAUUUAUAUUAUUAGGGUAGCUCAAAUUCAAGAUGUGCAGAUUUAUAUCAUGCCAAAAAAUUUUAAGGUAGGGCUAUUUCUACCUUUUAAAUCUCUUUUUCUACCCCAUUAAUUUUCUUAUUUCAAACUACUAAGUUCACCACUUCUAUACUCAUCCCAUUAACAACUAAGUUCAUCUUAUUUAUCUCAUUAGACUAAACUACUAAAUAUAUAUUUCAAAGAAAUCAAAACAAAAAAAGUAAUUAAAGUCAAAUUUCAAUGUUCAAAUGUGAUUUAGAACAUUUUGAGGUAUUUUGUGAUAUUUUGACAUAUUUUCACCGUUGUCUUUAGAAUAUUUUGAUGUGACGCCCCUAAAACUGGGGGUCCUUUGUUUACCGUUGACCAUUCGUCAACUCGCGGAAAAACCCAUGAUUGUCGCCCAAUCCGACAUCACGUCAAUAGAAUCCCUUUAACUGGGAUUGUUACCUACACGUAUAACCUGUAUGUGUUCUACCAUUUUACCAACCAAGUUCUGAUAUACCCCAAUU